CAGAAAUUCAGAGUGCACAACAAAAUUGGAUAGUUGAUGCACAAGCACUUAUUCCCAAGGAUCACAGAUACAAACAGUUAUGUACCAAUCUAGAAUUGAUCAAGCAAAAAAACAUUUUGAGGUGUAAGGGAAGGCUAGGAAACUCAAACUUUGAGUUUGAAGGGAAAUUUCCUAUUCUUUUACCGAAAGAAAGUAAGAUCACAGAGUUAACUGUUUGUUCUUGUCAUGAAAUUGUUAUGCAUAAUGGUCUGAAGUCGACAUUAGCAGAAAUUCGUUGCAAAUAUUGGAUUCCACAAGGAAGGCAGACAGUUAAGAAAAUUUUAAGGAAUUGCAUUACCUGGUAGAAAAGCUCAAAGUAAAUCUUAUUCCGUUCCACCAGUAGCAGAUUUGCCAGACUUUAGGGUCCAGAGGACGCCACCUUUUCAGAAUUUUGGGAUAGAUUUUGCUUGUCCGUUAUACCAUAAGACAAAAUCUUCGACUAUGGAAAAGUUCUAUGUUGUAUUGUAUGUUGGCUGUACUUCAAGGGCAUUGCACUUAGAUUUGAUAGACGAUUUGUCAGGGCCAACAUUCAUUCUCAGUCUGCGAAGAUUUACUGCGCAUAGAGGAACACCACAUCUGAUAAACUCAGAUAAUGCUAAGACAUUCAAGUUUACACAUAAAUUCUUGCUUAAACUCGCACAAGAUCAUUUAGUUUUUCUUUUUUACAAGCCAGAAGGAUAAAUUGGAGAUUUAACCUUGAAAGGUCACCUUGGUGGGGAGGCCAUUUUGAAAGAUUAGUUGGUAGCGUUAAGAGAAGUUUAAGAGAGACUCUAGGGAAUUCCAGGUUAACGUUUGAUGAGUUAAAGGGGAAGUUCGGUCUAAAAUGAAAUUUGGCUAUAUUGCUGUAAAUAUAACAGAAGGCUUUGUUGUGAAUUGUUUUUGCUCUUACCUCUCAUUUUACUCUGUUAUUCCACGAAAACUGUCUCCUAAAAUCGCCUUGCGAUAGACCGCCAUCUUCAACUCUCACGAGGAUAAUGUUGUUGUUGCCUUUGACGUCAUCACAUUCAGAACAUGAGAGUGACUCAAGUGUAAGCUAUGGUGAAAGUUAAUUGAUUCGGAAGGUUUCGGAUUGAGAAAGAACUUUUCUCGAAAUCGGACCGUAUUUAAAGAUUUUUUGUUCAAAAUGCUGAACUGUGGUGCAUUUGGGUGCACAAAUCGCUCGAGUCAUAAUAAAGAAUUGACGUUUCAUCAGAUACCAGGGGAAGGUCGCAACAAGCAACUCAGAAAAAUGUGGCUAACGAACAUACGUCGUGCUGGUGAAUUACCGAAAGACAAGAGUUUUUAUAUUUCCUCGGAACACUUUGCCGAAGACUGCUAUGAAAGAGAUUUUAAGGUAACUAAAUUUUUAAUUAAUACGCUAAUGCUAUUUUCUACGGGUUUUAGUAAUCGUCAGAAGUUUCGCCAGAAAUUCUGCAAAAAUAAUUUGGGUACCUCUAAGUAGCUGUAUCAUUGUAUGAAAUAAACGAUUUGUUAGAUAAAAAUAAGAUGAAAACGGCUUAUCAAUGCCUCAAACGAGCAAAAAUAAAACCACCAAUUCUAAUCUAUUUUCUCAGUUAGUUUCAUUUCAAAAAGCUUACUUGAAUGCGCGAGAUUUUUUUCUAGGGCUGAAAAUAUUGUAUUACAAAAUGAAAGGGGUAAAGCAUUUACAGGAGUGACAGAAAACAUAUCUAAUACAAACAAAAACAGCACAUAUAACAUGUUUUGCCAUAACCACUGCCAACUUCGUGUUAGCGAUGACGACUAUUAUGAGUAAUUCUUCUAUUGAUAUUGAGUCAUGAUGAAUUUCCUUUUUGCUCUGCCUGCUGCAUGGGCGUCGUGAACGCCUUGUCUGUUUGGUAAGCCGAACACAAAUUGCAAGAGGUGUAUCCAAUUUUGGGCAUGAGGGAUUAAAAUCUGAAAUAUCUCAUGCAGUGAAAUAAAUGAAAUACAAGCACGUGAUAGGGCUGCGCUUAAUAAAAGGAGAAGAAGAUGAAUUUUGAAUUGCUUAAAUUCAAAUUUUUCUUUAAAUUCGAAUUGAAUAAUAUUUUGUUUUAUGAAAAAAUACUUUCCAGAAGAACUGAUGGAAAACAAGCCAGGUGCAAAAAAACUAAAGGCAGAUGCAAUCCCUACAAUCUUUGUAUUUAGGGAAUCGACAAAAAAGAGGAAAAAUUCCAUAGAGCGGGCUGCAAGGGAAGAAAAACGCAGACUUCUGGAUGCUGCAUGUGCUUCAACGUCUCCCAAUGACCUUGAUGAAACGAUUGCCAAAAGCGUCUCCAUUCAAACGGAGUCUGAAAAAUUUCUGGAAAAAAGCGUCGGUUAUACAGUAAAUAUGGUACACAAGAAAGUUGGUACCUUCACCACAAUGGUAAGCGUGGGAACCCAGUGUUGUGACCGUCAAAGUUCAACUGGCCCCGAAAGGAGAGAUGUGGCAGUAAACACAGAAGAAAUGGCAGGAUUUGAUGAUUCUACCGCUUAUGUCCCAUCCUGCAGUGAGUCAGGGGGUGAGACCGAUUCCUUCAAAGAUGCCAAUUUUUCUUUCCACAGCGACGAAAAUGAAUCAUUUACGGAGGCUAGUGACGAAACUGAUGACGAGGAGCUAGGCAACGAGCAACCAAGCCACGACACAAAAUUUGUUGUGUUUUGGUCAUGCUUGCUUCCAUUGCUGCAAAUUUGCUCAACUUGCUUUACGACUAUGACUUUACGGAAAAUUAUACGCAGCGGGGUCAUGGUAAAAGUUGAACGAAUUUGCAGCAAUAGCCACAAAACAUCAUGGUACUCCACUCCGAGAAUACGUGGGAUGUCUCUGGGGAAUCUUGAAUUGUCAGCUUCCAUACUUUAUACCGGCAGUAUUUUCACAAGAAUCCAAGAGAUGAUGUCACUAUGCAACAUAUCGUUUUUAGGUCGCACAAGCUAUCACGCUAUACAAAAACAAAUACUUUUCCCAACUGUCAAUGACUUUUACGAAAACGCUAGAAAACAGCCUAUUUCCUUAGUGGAUGGUCCUGUAGCCUUAGCAGGGGACGGUAGAUGUGAUUCGCCAGGUUUUUCUGCAAAGUAUGGUACAUAUACUGUGAUGGACACAAACACCAUGAAAAUUUUAGACUUUUCCGUUGUCCAUGUAGGAACUGUCUCGAGUUCUAACGCAAUGGAAAAGCAGGGUUUGAAAAAUUGCCUUCAAGCUCUAGAGAAUCAAGGGAUGAGUGUGGCAUCGUUAACUACUGAUCGUCAUCAGCAAAUCAAGGCAUACAUGAAAAACGAAAAGAGUAACAUUAAUCAUCAGUUUGAUAUUUGGCAUGUAAGUAAAAAUAUUAAAAAGAAAUUAGUUUUGCUAGCAAAAAAGAAAGGCGCUUCAGAUUUGAAUGGUUGGAUGAAAUCAAUUAUAAAUCACUUUUGGUGGUCUUGUGCGACAUGCAACAAAGAUCCUUAUAUUCUUCACGAAAAAUGGUGAAGUAUCUUAUACCAUAUAAGGAACAUACACAGAUGGGAAGAUGCAACCAUUUAUAAACGGUGUGCACAUGCAAAGCUAUCCAAAAGAGACAGAUUGGAAAAAAUUUGGUUAAUAGAAGGUUCGCCUGCUUAUGUCGCACUCGAAUCGGUCAUUAAGGACAAAUUCCUGUUAAGAGAUUUAAGGUAUUUAACUGAAUUUAGUCACACAGUGCAAAUCGAGGUAUAUCAUUCCCUUUACAAUAAAUAUUGUCCCAAAAGGCUGCAUUUUGGUUUCGAAGGAAUGAUUGCUAGGUCGGAACUUGCAGUAUUGGAACAUAAUGCUGGGACAGAAUGUAGACAUGCCAAAACUCGGGAAGAUGAAUAUCGGCACAAGUUGUCGUUUUCAAAAGUAACGCAAAACUGGGUAGUAAAAAAAAUUCCCGA